AUGGGUUCGCAGAUUGGAGACCCCGAUGAGAUUACUGUGCUUGUCACAGGUUUUGGUCCGUUCAGGGAACAGUACCCCGUUAACCCCUCAUGGGAGAUCGCCAACAGCUUGCCCUCAUAUCUUCCUCCGCUGCGAGCCAAGGACCCUAACUCGAGGCAUGCAGCUGUGAUUCUGCCAAAGGUACGCAUCGUGGUGCAUCCCGAGCCUAUCCGUGUCAAUUACCGGGUUGUGAGAGGGCUUGUGCCGUCGUUCUAUGACACUCCACAGAAGUUUGACAUUGUCAUUCACGUUGGAAUGGCUGGUCCUCGACCGUUCUACUCCAUCGAGAGGAGAGGUCACCGUGAUGGGUACAAGCAUCCGGAUGUCGAUGGCGAAUACAUAGACGGAGAAGAAGAGAGAGAAAGGAAUGACUGGCCCUGGCGAGGCCUCCCAGAGGAGAUUGAGACGGAGCUGAAUCUCGAUGAAAUACUCCCUCUGUGGCAGGGGUACAGUUCGGAGGCGGAUCUGCGCAUAUCCGAAGAUGCAGGCCACUUCAUGUGCGACUUUAUCUAUUACUCAAGUCUCUCUGAGCUGUGGAAACUGCAGAGGCCCAGAAAGGCCCUGUUUCUUCAUGUCCCAGCCGAUGCUUCGCCUACGAGUGUUGCGAAAGGGAGGGAACUGACAUUAACUCUCAUUCGAUCAGUUGUUGAGAGUGACAUGAUUGAUAAGAACAAGCUUCUGGUGAGUAAGACUGCUGGCGAGGAAUUGUGA